CUCCUGCAGUCCGCAUCCUCGCUUUUAUUACACACUCGUUCAUCUUCACGCUUGGUACAUUUUGCCGCUUGCGCAGGUUGGAAAGAUGGUUGACGUUUUUGCCGGCACGUGGAACCUGAAGGAGAGCAAGAACUUCGACGAUUACAUGAAGGCUCUUGGUGUGGGCUUUGCAACGCGUCAAGUUGGCAGCAUGACAAAACCCACAACCAUCAUUUCCGUUGAAGGUGAUGAAAUCACGUUAAAAACUGUCAGCACCUUUAAGACUACAGAAAUCAAAUUUAAGCUGGCACAGGAGUUUGACGAGACCACUGCAGAUGACCGCAAAGUAAAGUCUCUAGUAACACUUGACGGGGGUAAGCUGGUUCAUGUUCAGAAAUGGGAUGGCAAAGAAACAACACUGGUCAGAGAAAUUGAUGGCAACAAUCUCACACUGACACUAACUCUGGGCGAGGUGGAGUCCAAACGAUACUAUGUGAAAGCAGAGUGAAGUUCUUCCUGCUAUCCUGAUUAUGUUGCUGCUGAAAAAGCCAUCUUGUGGUUAAUGCUUAACGGUCCAUGUUUCUUUGUACCAUAUCCAAAUAAAGUAAAAAUCAGCUUUACACCCCCAAAACAA